UGGAAGAGGAAGAGGACUGAAGUGGUAUCACACGGUUGCAUAGAAUCCUUAAUAACAAUAUGCUUUCUAAUAAAUAAUAAUUCAUAAAUGAGAUCCCACGCUCGUCUUCUCAAGCUCGGCCUCGACCACAACCGCGUAAUCGUCACACAACUUCUCCAAUCCUACGCCGGCGCCGCCUCCCUCGCAGCCGCCCGCCGCCUCUUCGACGAGAUCCCCAGCCCCGCCCGAGACCCUCCUCUAUGGACCUCCAUCAUCUCCGCCUACGCCAAUUCCCACCAUCCUCUCCCCGCCCUCCAACUCUUCUCCCUCAUGCCCCAUCCCAACCCUUUCGCUGCCUCCUCAGCCGGCCGCGCCGCCGCCGCCCUCUCCAACCCCCUCCUCUCCCGUUCUCUCCACGCUCUCCUCCUCACCCGCGGUCUCCUCCAUCCCAACAUCAUCGUCCAAACGUCCAUUGUCAACAUGUAUGCUAAAUCCGGCGACUUGGAUUCCUCCCACAAGGUCUUUGAUGAAAUGCUUGAGAGAAAUGUGAUCACUUGGAAUUCAUUGAUUUCAGGCUAUGCCAAUGCUGGAAAGGGUGCUCUUGCAUUGGAGAUGUUUUAUAGAAUGAGGUGUGUGGAGACUGAAGUGGCUGCUGAUGGAUUCACUAUACCGAGCGCUCUGACGGCGUGCGCUGCGCUUAGUGAUUGGCAAUCAGGUGUUCAAGUUCAUGCCUUUCUUGUGGUUGCUGGGUUUGGCUGUGAUUCUGCUGUUUCAAGCUCAUUGGCAAACAUGUACUUCCGGUGUGGUGAUGUCCGGGCGGCUGAGAGGGCAAUAGAGGACAUUGAAGAAGAAGAAGAAGAAGAAGAAGAAGAAGAAGACUCAAUGAUUUUAAAGCUUAUGAUGGUCAAAGGGUAUGUCUUCAAUGAGCUAUAUGAAGAUGCUCUUAGGAUCAUUCAUCCCGGCAAUGAUUUUGUUAAAAUGAUCGUUGUUGAUCCCAGUGUGGUUGGUUCCAUCCUCGCUGCUUGCUCGAAUCUCCUGUUUCUUCAUCUUGGUAGACAAAUUCAUGGUCUCAUUGUCACAACUGGUGUCUCUCGAAUUAACCAUGUUGUUGAUUGUGCCUUGAUCGACAUGUACAGCGGGUGCUCCGGCAUGGAACAAGCUCAAGUUGUUUUUGAUAUGCUGCCAGAAAGAUACAUCACACAUUGGAAUGCGAUGAUUAGAGGCUACACACACAAUGGUUUGCUAGCAAAGGCAAUUGAGUUAUUUAAUGAGAUGCCUGAGAAGAAUGUGAUCUCAUGGACAGCCAUGAUUUCCGGGUACAUUCAAGCUGGAUUGCCCGGAGAAGGGCUGAGGUUGUUUGCAAGGUUAUAUAACGAAGCCAAGUCAUCAAUUCACGGUAACCGCUUCACUUUGGUGUCGGCUUUAGGCGCAUGCAGUAGUCUUACUGCAUUGCGCCUGGGCAAGCAGAUACAUGGGCAUAUACUCAGGACUGCAACGGAGCAUGUGGUUGUACAAACAGGUCUUGUUGAUAUGUAUUCUAAGUCCGGCAAUCUAAACUACGCACAGAGAGUUUUCGACAGAAUGGCGGAUAAAAAUGUUAUCACCUGGACAUCGAUGAUCAGUGGUUGCUCUGCUCAUGGACUUGGUCAUCAAGCCAUUGAACUAUUAGAGCAAAUGAUGACCACUGGUUUCAGGCCAAAUGAAGUGACUUUCGUAGCAAUUCUGAGUGCUUGUAGUCACUGUGGUUUGGUUGAUGAAGGCCUGCAUUACUUCAGUUUAAUGAGAAAUGAGUACAAGAUUGCUCCGACUAGCUAUCACUACAGUUGUGUGAUUGAUUUGUUGGUAAGAUCCGGGAAGCUUGAUGAAGCUUGGAAAUUGAUAACCGAGUUGAAAGAAAUCAAUGAAGAAGAUGGUGAUGUUUGGGGAGCAAUGCUCGGGGGAUGUGAGUUACAUGGGAAUGUUACGAUUGGAAGCAAUGUGGCCAAGAUGAUGGUUGAGAGAAAGCGACAAACUCCAGAGACUUAUGUCGCACUUGCUAAUGUUUAUGCAUCAGCCGAGAUGUGGGAUGAUGUUUAUAGAGUCCGAGAAGAAAGCAAGAAUCAUGGUGUUGUCAAAGAGCCCGGACAAAGUCUAAUUCAUAUCAAUUAGGUUCUGGUGUUAUCUAAUUUAUUAGAUCCAAACCAAACAUAUAUUAAAGAGAUUCAAUUUAAUUUCAUUGUAUAAAUAAUCCAAUUGUGAAUUGCCUGAGUCUUUUGUAUUGAAAAAUGCAAAGCAAACAUUAAUCCUAGGCCUUUACCUUUAUCACUAAACUUAAACCUAAAAACAAACCCUAAAUUCCGAAUUUCUAUUCUCGAAC